CGCCAUCGGUCAUAAACUUUAGUCUUUAUUUCUUGAAACAAUCCCAAAUCUUGCCUGUGGUUAAUGCCCCUGGUACUUGCCUAAACAUUUAAAUCGUUCAAUUGUCAAGUAUAUAAUAAAAUUUAUGCGAAGAACUUAAAAUUUUGAUGCAACACGAUUUAACUUAAUACUCAUUGAAUUCGUUUGAUUAUGAGCGAUUCCGAAGGAGUAGAUCCACAACUACAAAAUUUCAUUUUAACAGAAACACAAAAGCAACGCUUUCAGGUUUUAGUACAUGGCCUUACUGAUACCUGUUGGGAUACUUGCAUGGGAAGACCUUUGAACCGCUUAGACUCUAAGACUGAAGUAUGCAUUAUGAACUGUGUUGAACGUUUCAUUGAUGCUACCACUUUUAUAACAAAACGGUUAAUGAACACAACAAAAUAUCGCUCUGAUUCACCUUUGGAAUUUCAAUAGGCUUGUACAGGCCUCAAAUUUCUUUAAAGCAUUUGAAUAAUAAGCUUAAAAAUGUUUUCGACUAUCAAAAAUUUUUUACAUCGUCAUAGAAGAAAGUUUGUUGUGACUGGUGCAGUUUUAGGGUCCAUUUAUUUUCUGAUGAGCUAUGCACAGAAAAAACUAAGAGAAUGGCAAGAAAAAGAGGCCAAAAAAUUCUUUGAAAUGACAAGAAAGAAGCAACAUUUUGAAAGCACUGAGCGCACAUGUAAUCAAACAAUACUGUCUCUUUCAAAAAUUGUUUCUGAAAAUAUAAUGACUUCAUUAAAUACUGAGGAAAUUGUACAAAAACUACAAGACAAUCCAGGAAACAAACUGGAGUUAUGGGAACAAAUAAAAAUAAUGAUUUUUACCAGAAUAUGUGUGCUUGUGUAUGCUCUCUCAAUAUUACAAGUGACAUUAAGAAUUCAACUGAAUAUAAUUGGUGGCUAUUUAUAUAGAGACUCUGUAUUAGAACAUGAGCCACUGAUUGAUAGCAAUUUGCAAUCAAAAUAUCUGUCAUUGUGUCAUCACUUUGUUGGGCCAGGGUUAGAGGAUUUAGUAAGGCAGAUAGAAAGGGUGGUUAAAAGAGUAGUAGACCCUAUAUCACUUAAAAAAAAAAUUACCUUACUAGAAGUUGAACAAACAUUUUGGUCGAUUCAAACAAUUUUAUGUACUGAUACUAAUGAGGGAGAUCCUGUCAAAAAGAUGGUGCAUUACUUGGUAGAUCACACAGAAAUAAAUGAGGCUAAGUUUGACACAAUUGUUAAAGAAACAAUGGAUGUUUUGGAAAGUGAUGAAGUUACAUCUGUAACUAUGUCUACUAUUAGUAGAAGUUUUUCCUCUGUUAUAGAUGAGAUUGCUAAUUUAUUUGUCUCAAAGUGGGUACCAACAUCUAAGAAUCACUUGGAAGUGGAUGAGGGUCAUGUUGUUACUAAUGGUGCGCUAAAAUUAGGAGGCCCAUCAGAUCCCUUUAUAAAUGUCAAUAAGGUAGAAAUGCAUUUUGUAAAGCUCUUGCCUAUUGUUAAUGAGCUGAUUACAAAAAAUACAUGCAAAGGUAAUACAAACAUUCCAGAUUUACUUACUCAGCAAUUAACAUUAAAUGACAAGUUGAAGCUUCUAGGAGCAAACAUUUAUGAGGUCUUUAGCAAUACAUAAAACUAUUAAGGGGCUUAUAAUGGUAAGAAGGUUGAUUAAUAUUAUAAUUAUAUACAAUUAUAUUAUGUAAAUAGAUUUAAGAUUUGUUUUUAAAUGCAGAUGUGCUGUGUUAGAAUUUUUAGAAAAAUUCAAUUUUUGGUUUCAAUAUUUUUUUAAUUUACUUGUGAAUGGGGUACAUAAUAAACGUUUGCAAAACCUUA